UCAGCGUGCACGGAUCUGCUCGGUAAAUCUGCUGUUUGCUGCUCAAAUAAGUCGGUUUUUUUAAAGUCACAGUUUGUCCUUAAACAUGUCGUCUCUUGAAGCUCGUGCUGUGCGGCUCCCAGUCGGAAACAACCCGUCUAAGAUGGGUAAAACCACGGCUGCAGGUCCGAGGAGAGCUGCUCUUGGAGAGAUUACCAACUUUCCUGGAGCAGCCGUCAACGUUACAAAGAGGAAAGGACCAACCAAAGAAUCAGCCAAACCAUCUGCUGGCCUAAAAGUGAAACAGACCCAGCCGGCGCCUCCUGUGGUUCGGGUCGAAGCCCCUGCAGACCCCAUCCCUCCGGUUCCAGAGGAGUCGGCUGACGUGUCGAUGAAAGAGGACGAACUGUGCCAGGCGUUCUCCGAGGCGCUGCUCACCGUGCAGGACGUGGACGAGGAGGACGGAGACAUGCCGCAGCUCUGCUCAGAAUACGUCAAAGACAUCUACAAAUAUCUCCACCUCCUGGAGGUGGAGCAGGCGGUGCGAGCCAACUACAUGCAGGGUUACGAAAUCAACGAGCGCAUGCGGGCUCUUCUGAUCGACUGGAUGGUCCAGGUUCACUCCAGGUUCCAGCUGCUGCAGGAGACUCUGUACCUCACUGUUGCCAUCCUGGAUCGUUUCCUCCAGGUCCAGCCGGUCUCUCGCAGAAAGCUGCAGCUCGUCGGCGUGACCGCCAUGCUGGUGGCCUGCAAGUACGAGGAGAUGUACGCGCCGGAGGUCGGAGACUUCGCCUACAUCACCGACAACGCCUUCACAAAGGCUCAGAUUCUGGAGAUGGAGCAGCUGGUUCUGAGGAGCCUCAACUUCGAGCUGGGACGUCCUUUGCCGUUACACUUCCUCAGGAGGGCCUCCAAGGUGGCCAGUUCCGACGUAGAGAGACACACGCUGGCCAAGUACCUGAUGGAGUUGACGCUCAUCGACUACGACAUGGUUCACUAUCGUCCCUCGGAGAUCGCCGCCGCUUCGCUCUGCCUGGCUCAGCAUCUGCUGGAAGAGCUGCCGUGGUCUCCUACGCAGCAGCACUACUCGACGUACGACAAGGCUCACCUGAAGCCGAUCAUGCAACACAUCGCCAAAAAUGUCGUGACGGUGAACGACGGGAAGACGAAGUUCCAGGCCAUCAAGAACAAAUACUCGAGCAGCAAGUUGAUGAAAAUCAGCCUCCUCCCUCAACUGAAGUCUGACAUCAUCCAGAAGCUGGCGGCUCCGCUACUCAACAAUCCCUGAGACCAACUUGUUUUUUGUUUUUUUUCAUCAGUGGACAUUUCAAACCUUUGCACUUUAUUUUAUUAGAUUCAUGAACUGUGGAGAAACUUCACUAGUUUUUUAAAUAAAUGUUCUUUUUUUAUAAUGUUUGAUUCAAGCUUGUUUGUUCAGAAACUUGGGGCACUAAUGUAGUUUUUUGCUUUUAAAUGAUGGUGACGCUAUUGCCAAAAAUUGUGGUACGCAUAGUUUUAUUCUACUGCACCUUUUUUGAUUGUUUUGCAGCCUUUCAAUCAGUGUCCUGCAGGUUAUUGAUGUUUAAUGACAAUUUACAGUUUUAUAAUCAAGUGGCUUCCAGCAGCAGCGUAGCCAGACUUUAAUGGACGUUUUUAUGGCUUCGACCUGCUGGAUGUAAAGUCUGUGCAGCUUUCUACCUCAGUGGGUGCCUUAUU